CAGGUGCUGUGAGGAUGCUCAGGCUGUCCUUUGGGUUUGGUAUGCAGAGCCAGCACUCCCUGCUCCCGUGUCACCCUCCAUGAGGGCCAGCACGGUGCGUGCUGUGCUUCCUGCACGGCUCAGUUGGGUGGGAUGGUUACACCGUGUUCAGUCUGCGUCCCAGUGUGGUGGCUGCAGUUCUCCACCUGCUUCUUUAGGCUCUGCCGAUGAGGUCAGGGACGAGCGGUGAAGAUGACUCACAGGAUGCUGGGCAGUGCCUGGAGCUGCUGUCUGAUGUUGCAGGGGAAAAAAAAGUCCUCAGUGUUGAUACGGGUCUGGGAUGCCUGUAAAGCCCAAUGAAGGUGGAGCCCUGGAAAGUCCCUGCUCUUCCCAAAGCUGCUGCAGAGCCCAGCUUUGAGCAGGAGCAAUUCACACUUCCUUUGGCUCCUUUCUCUUCUGCUCCAGAGAUGAGUCAGUGUGGCCUGGUGAGGGGGCAGGACCCCAGCAGGGUGAGCUGAGACAGCAGGUGGCACAAGGCCUGGCAGACACAGACCCCCUUGUUUGGUGACCUGAAUUCCCUGUCGAGAGCCCCGGGACAAGCAGGACCAUCCUUUCUGCAUGAGUUCCUGGGUCAAACGAUGAGCCUCAGACAGCAGCAGGACGCCUCCCCCGCCGCCUCGCACAGACUCCCUUUGUCUGUGGGCUGCUGGGGUGACAAAGGGAAAUAUUCAGCAGCAGGGCCGGGCCGGGUUCAAGACACCGAACGGGCAGUGGAAAUCCUGACGAGAUACCAAAGCACCCUGCACUCCCCAGAGGAACAGGAGCUGAAAGCCUCCAUUGGAAAGAUCUCACACAUCUUCCAAAGUGAACUCUUCCAGGCUCUGCUGGAUAUCCAUGAAUUCUAUGACUUCACGCUGCGCUCGGCUUCCCUGCAGCCUUCCAGCCCAGCAGUGCAUCGUAGCCCAGCCAGGCACCGCAGCCCCAGAGAGACCCACAGCCCCCCCGAGCCACCAGCCCAGGAUGAUGAGCAAAGGCUGCUCGCGGUGACGCCGGCAACGCCCCCAAGGCUGGUGAGGGUGACAGCACGGCGGACGGAGGUACCAACCAGCAUCUGCAGCCUGGUGCUGGGCUCCCGCAGUGCCCUGCCGCAGGCCAACCCUGCUCCCAUUAUCGUGAACACAGACUCGCUGGAACAAGGGCUCUCUGUGAACGGCAGCGAUGGGAUGUUCAAAUACGAGGAGAUCGUCCUGGAAAGGGGUAACUCUGGCCUUGGCUUCAGCAUAGCAGGAGGGAUCGACAACCCCCACAUUCCAGAUGAUCCCGGCAUCUUCAUCACCAAAAUCAUCCCCGGGGGAGCGGCGGCCAUGGAUGGACGUUUGGGGGUAAAUGACUGCGUGCUGCGGGUCAAUGACGUGGACGUCUCCGAGGUGGUGCACAGCAAAGCAGUGGAGGCCCUGAAGGAAGCGGGCCCUGUGGUGCGGCUCGUGGUGCGGCGCCGGCAGCCCCCACCAGAGACCAUCAUGGAGGUCAACCUGAUGAAGGGACCCAAAGGACUGGGCUUCAGCAUCGCAGGAGGCAUUGGGAACCAACACAUCCCCGGGGACAACAGCAUCUACAUCACCAAGAUCAUCGAGGGAGGUGCUGCCCAGAAGGACGGACGCCUGCAGAUUGGAGACCGGCUGCUGGCGGUGAAUAACACCAACCUGCAGGACGUGCGGCAUGAGGAGGCGGUGGCUGCACUGAAGAACACCUCUGACAUGGUGUACCUGAAAGUGGCCAAGCCUGGCAGCCUGCACCUCAACGACAUGUACGCGCCCCCCGACUACGCCAGCACCUUUUCAGCCUUGGCUGACAACCACAUAAGCCAUAACUCCAGUCUGGGCUACUUGGGUGGUGUGGAGAGCAAGCCUGCAUACCCCGUCCCCCCACAAGUGACCCCAUCCAGGUAUUCGCCCAUCCCUCGGCACAUGAUCGGGGAUGAAGACUUCACCAGGGAGCCGCGCAAAAUCAUCCUGCACAAAGGCUCCACCGGGCUGGGCUUCAACAUCGUCGGGGGUGAGGACGGAGAGGGCAUCUUCGUGUCCUUCAUCCUGGCCGGGGGUCCGGCAGACCUCAGCGGGGAGCUGCGGAGGGGAGACCGCAUCCUGUCGGUGAACGGCGUGAACCUCCGUAACGCCACCCACGAGCAGGCGGCGGCGGCGCUGAAGCGGGCGGGGCAGACGGUGACCAUCAUCGCGCAGUACCGGCCCGAAGAGUACAGCCGCUUCGAGUCCAAGAUCCACGACUUGAGAGAGCAGAUGAUGAACAGCAGCAUGAGCUCUGGCUCCGGCUCACUUCGGACAAGCGAGAAGAGGUCCCUCUAUGUCCGAGCUCUGUUUGACUAUGACCGGACCCGGGACAGCUGCUUACCCAGCCAGGGGCUCAGCUUCUCCUAUGGGGACAUUCUGCAUGUCAUCAAUGCCUCCGAUGAUGAGUGGUGGCAAGCCAGGCUUGUGACACCUCACGGUGAGAGCGAGCAGAUCGGAGUCAUCCCCAGCAAGAAGAGGGUGGAGAAGAAAGAGAGAGCACGAUUGAAAACGGUGAAGUUCCACGCCAGGACUGGCAUGAUAGAGUCCAACCGGUCGAUCAAAACGAAACGUAAAAAGAGUUUCCGCCUCUCUCGAAAGUUUCCAUUUUACAAGAGCAAAGAGAACCUGGCCCAGGAGAGCGGCGGACAGGAACAGGGCGUGACAUCAAACACCAGUGACAGCGAGAGCAGUUCCAAAGGACAAGAGGACACUAUCCUGUCAUACGAGCCAGUGAUACGGCAAGAAAUUCACUACGCCAGGCCUGUGAUCAUCCUGGGGCCCACAAAGGACCGAAUUAAUGAUGACCUCAUCUCUGAAUUUCCACACAAGUUUGGUUCCUGCGUGCCACAUACCACCAGGCCUCGGCGUGACAAUGAGGUGGAUGGACAGGAUUACCAUUUUGUCACUUCUCGAGAGCAAAUGGAGAAGGAUAUUCAGGACCACAAGUUCAUAGAGGCCGGGCAGUACAACGACAAUCUCUACGGGACCAGCAUUCAGUCAGUGCGGGCGGUCGCAGAGAGGGGGAAACACUGCAUCCUGGAUGUAUCUGGCAAUGCUAUCAAGAGGUUGCAACAAGCACAACUUUAUCCCAUUGCCAUUUUCAUCAAACCAAAAUCCAUCGAAGCUCUCAUGGAGAUGAACCGGAGACAGACAUACGAGCAGGCCAACAAGGUCUUUGACAAAGCCAUGAAACUCGAGCAAGAAUUCGGAGAGUAUUUUACAGCCAUCGUACAAGGAGAUUCUCUCGAAGAGAUUUACAGCAAAAUCAAACAGAUCAUCGAGGACCAAUCCGGGCACUACAUCUGGGUCCCGUCUCCAGAGAAGCUCUGAAGCUGUCCCCCACCUCGGGGGACCAUCUCUGACGUCCCACCCCACCUGUGCCCUCUGCCCCAAGGGGGGGGGAUGGUGCAAACGAUUCCUGCCCCCUUUUUUAGAUCGUCGCAGAAUUGAGUUUUCUAGUCCUGUUUCUUUUGUUGGGAUGAACUGCUCUCAUUCAUCACGUGACUGUUCCCACCAUCCCUGCAUGGACCUUCCCACUGCUCCAUUAGAGACAGAUGAGAACCCAUUCAAGAGUCGUUUUUUAUUACUAUUAUUAUUAUUAUUAACUAAACCAAGAAUCCAGAAGGGAGGAGGCAGCUGAGGACUGAUGUAUGAAACAAGUGAAACAGCGGACUCUGAGAACACGAGCAGCGUUGGAGCUCCGGGGCAUUUUUCCCAGGUGUGACUGCCUAGCAGCUCUGAGCAGCGUGACAGAACGGCAGCAGAAGGCAUUUUAUUUAUCUGUAUAUGUAAUUUAUAUAUAAUAUAGAGAAAGAUAUUAUAUAUAUAUUAUAUAUAUAUAUAUAUAUAUCCGCGUGGACUAGGAAACCCGAGGGGACCUCUUCAAAGGUACUGUGUUAUUGCAAGGAUUUUUCAGUUUCUUUGUCCCACCCUCUGGGCACAGGGAGUCCACUGGGGCAGAAGUGAUCCCGGCGGUACCACGAGCAUCUCCUGCUGCCCUGCCAGCAGCCCCAGGUUGGGGAGCAGCACAGAGCUUCCCCCCUACCCCUCUCCCCCCUCCUCAUCCCCCCCAGAAGGGCCCGGAGCUCUGGGCUGACCCAAGAGCCACAGACUGAGCAGGAGGCUGCGGAGGGAGAGAAUGGAUGAUGCUACAUAUUAAAUUGCACAUUGUUUUACACGCCACCAUAUGUGUUUGCAUGAGAGGUUUCCUUUUGGUUCUAUUUUUUUAAGCUGAUGUUAAACCAAAUCCACAUUGUGUUGCAGUGCUGGCUUUUUUGUUUGUUUGUUUGUUUUUUCAUUAUUCCAUUAUUAUUUUUUUUUCCUCUUGUUAAUAAUGAACUGAACGGGUAUAAAAUCCAGUUUUUUUAACUUAUUUUUUAAGCUGGCUUGUAUUGUAAAUAGAAUCCAGAUCCAAGGUGUUUAGUUAGGAAAUACUCUACCAGCUUCAUGAAACGAUGUACUUGCUGUCCUGUGUUGCUGUGCAAAACCUGGGAUGUCAGGCUGGCCCUGGACCCGUGCUCAAAGGUGAAUGAUCCCUUCUGGUGUUGGCUGCUGCCACAGAGAGCCCCAGCUGUGCUCUGGGUGGUCACUCACAGGCUUCCAGAUGGGUAGGAAUGGAGCAGCAGCUGAAAGCCUUCCUCUUUCUCCCUUCCUUCCCUGGUGUCACACUUGCUGCUCCACUCCCUGCACACAUGGUGGUGGCUGUGGGUCGGAGCUCCAUCCUCAAGUGGUGAGGAAGUGAGCGCUCACCUCCAUGUUCUGCCCUCUCUCUGACACUGGGCUCUAUGCCCUCUCUGCUUUACCUUUGGGAACUGCUUUGGGUGCCUCUUGCUUGUGUUUUUGGGGGAUGGAGUCGUGCACUGCAGCAUCUUGUGGCUUCCCAAAUGAGGCAGCUGUUAGUGCUGGGAGCUGGCCUUGUGCAGAGGAACAUCCCUUCAGGAGGAAGCUUUGGCACUGGAGCAGAACUCCAUUGUGGGAACGGGGCUGUGUGAAACUGAGGGCCAGCUCUGGCUUCAGACUGCAUUUUCAGGUGCUGACAGCCAAGGUGGGAGAGCCUUCUUACAGACCGCAGUGUUCUCACACACAGAGGCAGGCACCAGCAGGUAAGUCUGGGCCAUCUUCCCUCCCCUUUCUUUAUGGGGGUGAGCAAGUGCAGCAGUGCCAGUGCCCAUCCCGGAGGUAAUGGCUGUGGGGGCACAGUGUGCUGCAUGAACAUGAGCUGCUGCACAGGUGCUCUGCUGAGACACUGCACUCAUCCUGCACCACACAGAGCCUGCAGGGACCGAGCAGCCUGCUGGGCCAGAAAGCAGUGCUGCAAGCAGACACUGCUGUGGGUAUGGUGGAGGGGUGGGAGGAUUCUGCAGCCAACAGGACCUGCCCUAAAGGAGUGAACUUUGGAUGCUGUCGUGCUGGGUCUGCUGUGGGUCUGCAGAGCAGCACAGCGCGUGACACACAGUGCUUGUCACACAGUUCUUGUCUCAGCUGUUUUUCUAAUAGCCUGUCUCUCCUCAAGCCCCAUGGAGAAAAAGCUGAUGUACUCCAUGGCAUAGCUGACAGUAUCAGUUCGAUCGCAGCGCUCGCUGGUUACUGGUGUUUCUUCCAAGGAGACAUAUAUUUUUAAUAAACAGAGAGUUGCAAAGAA